GCAGCGGAGAGGAAUGACCGACUUUACAGCUUUAACUCCUCAAACACCGACUUUGCAAGCUGUAAAUGGACACGCGGAAGCAAUAAAACGAUAAAAUUGAAGCUGCGUGACAUGAGAAACAAACUUUAGAGGUGAGUUUUUGGAGGAGACACCGAGGUGUUGACGGGGCAGUCCGCGGACGACUUAACAUGGAUGUUCGGGGAGCAACGGUGCGGCUCUGAGUGGGAAUUAAGGCCGUUUCUGGGUUAUUUCUAGCCGAAGAGUUUGUCUGACGGAGCUGAGGAGGAUUUAAGAGCAGCAACUAACUUACCAGGCAAGUUCAUUGGGGAGUCGUUGCGGCUAACCGUUAGCAGAGAUGUUAAGGCUGUGGAGGCGAGACGUGCCGCUCUCAGAGAGGCUGGGGGAGGACUCUCCUCUCGUCGCGGCUCCUGGUCCCCCACCCACUGCAGCUCCGAUGGGGCCCAAUAUUUCGUGGCUCCCUGAACUCCCACUGCUGGGCCCCGAUCAGCCCAUCUUCCUGAUGACUCCAGCAGCACAGGCAGUGUCUGGCUUCUUCGUCUGGACUGCACUCAUUCUCACCUGCCACCAGAUCUACAUGCACCUGCGUUUCUACAGCUCACCGAGGGAGCAGCGCCACAUCGUGCGGAUCCUCUUCAUCGUUCCUAUUUACGCUUUUGAUUCCUGGCUCAGCCUCCUCUUCUUCACCAACGAUCAGUACUACGUGUACUUUGACACAGUCAGAGACUGCUAUGAGGCGUUUGUUAUUUACAACUUCCUGAGUCUCUGCUACGAGUACCUGGGAGGAGAAAGCGCCAUCAUGGCUGAGAUUCGAGGGAAACCCAUCGAGUCCAGCUGUAUGUACGGCACCUGCUGCCUGAGGGGGAAGGCUUACUCCAUCGGCUUCCUGCGAUUCUGCAAACAGGCCACACUGCAGUUCUGUGUGGUCAAACCGCUCAUGGCCAUCAUCACCGUUAUCCUGCAGGCCUACGGCAAAUACAAGGAUGGAGACUUCAACGUUGCCAGCGGUUACCUGUACGUGACCAUCAUCUACAACAUCUCGGUCAGCUUGUCUCUGUAUGCCCUGUUCCUCUUCUACUUCGCCACCAGGGAGCUGCUCAGCCCUUACAGCCCGAUGCUCAAGUUUUUCAUGGUCAAGUCGGUCAUCUUCCUCUCCUUCUGGCAGGGCAUGCUGCUGGCUAUCCUGGAAAAGUGCGGGGCCAUCCCUCAGAUUAACUCAGUGGAGGUGUCUGUCGGCGAGGGCACGGUUGCUGCCGGUUACCAGAACUUCAUCAUCUGCAUCGAGAUGUUCUUCGCGGCGCUGGCUCUGCGACACGCUUUCACAUACAAAGUCUACAUGGACAAAAGUCUUGAUUCACAAGGACCUGUUCCUACAUAUGGAGAGUUUGGCCGCUGUGCCCCCAUGAAGAGCAUCUCCAGCAGCCUGAAGGAGACGAUGAACCCAGGCGACAUGGUCCAGGACGCCAUCCACAACUUCUCCCCGGCCUACCAGCAGUACACCCAGCAAUCCACGCUGGAGCAGGGGGCGCCGCCGCCCGUCUCCCGCACACACAGCACCGUCAGCGGCCGCGGCGACACCGAGAAAACUCUCCUGCUCAGUUCGGAUGACGAAUUCUAGAGCGAGAAAUCGUCAAAACCGGGCACUCCUCUCACCGCAGCUGAAUCUUAUUCAGACUGAUGUUUUUACGGCGGACGGUUCUUAAUCCUCGCGUGCAGCCGAUCCUCUUCAACGUGUGAAUGAUUAGAGAGUGUUUGUUUUUGGGACUCAUCGUGAAUGCCGGGGGCCUUCCUGCGCCGACAUUUCCCAGGCGUCUUAUUUGGUUGGAACACUUGAAGCUGAUUUGGUGUUAAACUUGGAAAGUUUGUGAGUCACACUUGUACAUAAUGAAUCAUACUUGACAUUUGGAACGAAAGUUUUAUGGCUGGGUAGAAGCUUAAUUGGAAGUUUCAGCACAGUCAUGUUUCCUUCGCCCAACUGUGUGUCCCAGUGUAAUCAUCCUAAUCGAUGUCAUGUUUUUUCUUCUGAUUGCGUUUUGGUUUGGAUUUUGAAAGCUGUGUUGUUUUUCAGACGGUCUCGUUUGUGAAGAUUUCCCCAGUCGUGACUGAAAUUUUCAUUAAAGUUUUAGAAAAGUUUUAAUUUUGCAAACUUGAAAAUAAUAUUUAGAUAUUCAUUUGGAAAAAUGAAUUGGUCUGCCAAUACGUUCAUUUGCUUCCAAGCUGUUUUCAAUGUUGUGGAAGUCUUAGUCAUAAAAAUGUGGUACAAAUUUACAGAAAAUAUACGUGUAGAUGAAUCGUCAGUGAACUGGGGAAACCCUGGACUAUUGUGGCAUUUUAAUGUCCCCUCACAGCAGCGUGGGGAUGUAUUUAAAGGGAAAACGUGUCAGAAACAUGUGUUAAUGUCAGCUGCAUGGAUCAAUGUUGUUAUUGAUAUUGACGUUCCAAAUGAGAGGCAGGCAGAGCAGCUUAUAGAUUAAACAUUACAUCUGCUCCAGUGGGCCGCAAGAGUGAAGGGCGGCGGCAGCAGCAGAGCCGGUCAGGAUUACACUGGUGUAAUUGGGGCGUUAUUUGAACGGCAGGGAUUAAAGCUCAGAUAGUAGAACUCCGCAGGCCACAAUGUAGGUUAAAUGGAUUGAGGGGAAGAACAAAACAGCAGAGGAAUAUAGGCUAAAGCUAACUUUAGAUGUCUGCUCUCAUUAAUGGAACUUCACGGGAGUUCAACCUUUCCUCCGUUAGUGCACACAAUAUUCAAAAUGUUGACGCUAGAUGUAGUUCACAUUUAAAAGUGGACACAUUUACAUCUGCUGCUUCCUACAGAUUGUGUACGAUGUUAGAUUUUUCUGUAGAAAUGGCCUCUUGACUUUGAUGGAUCCAGAUGCGACAACAAGAGUUCUGUAGCCUGAGCGUGCAGUGAGAAUAAGGAGUAGCUAAAGGAGUGCUGGCCUGUGUGACUGCUGGGAUUGCGUGAUUUAACAACACAUUUUAGUGCCUGCUCACCCUGAUGUUGGACCAAUCGAGUUACACCAAAAAAAUCACAACCCCUGGAGAUCACAUGUACACUUGUUUUCGCUUCAGAAAAACACAUUUUAAGUUGAGCUGGACUUUAAGUUUUAGGUACUUUCACAACUUGAUGAAUAACUGUGUGUUUUCUCACCCCCAGCUGGUCAAAAUUCAAUAUUCAGAAUCAUGUUUGUAUGUAAAGAUCUCUAGUUUCACUACAUUUUUUGCACUACGAUGCGCAGUUCUGGUAUAUCUGUCAACUAAACUGUACAUCAUCCCGAUAGUAUGGAAAAAUAUCAGUCACUGUUCUCUGUUAAAAAACAUGUAACGCAUUAGCUUGUGUUUCUUUGAGUUGGAUGCUUUUCUCCUCUUCCAGUCAGAGUAUUUUUUUUGUUUUGUUUAGUUAAGUUUAACCGCAGUCGGAGCUGGUUAUUUUUUACUCAUAAUUGGAGUUCUUGACUCAUCUGAGUGAGUCAUAACUGAAUCUGCCAACGUGUUUACUUGCAACUACUUUCACUUUACUUUGCUGUAGCUCUGUAUGAACACCAGGGGGCCAUAUGGAGAGGAUAGGAAGGUAUUUAUCUCCAAGCAUACAGUUCUCAUGCAUUUAGUGCAUAUGUAACAGGAAAAAACACUUUGUCUUAGUCACUUUUAAAAAGAAAAUCAACUUAUCGCUGUCUGCGUUUCCAUCAGAAAACAGCAGCCUCAGACAGCGGUUCAAACUCCUGCUUCUGCCUGACACAAUAUUACUUUUAAACAGGAGAGAAGCCACGUCUGUGCUCAGGAGCAGCAGGCCUAUUUUUAGACAUUUUGCAAACCGGAUUAUUUUUAGUGAUGAUGAAACUGAGGCAACGUUUUUUUUGGUUGCGUCGCAGCUCCUACAUUCAGGUUUCCCCCCUCCUGUGAUGUUACAGUUAAAAAUCAAAGCAUGUCCGUCUUGAAGCACUUUGAAUGCCAUAAUCCACUCGUGCACUCUUCAUCCUCUUUCUCUGCAGCGAUGCUAUUUGUGAGUUGUUCUCAUCAGCUCAGUCGUGUGUUGAGCUGCUGAGGCUAAUGUUGUACAUAAAGGUUUAAGUGCUCUCUACAGGAGGAACAGUAGACGUGUGUGGAAAUAGUCAUAUAUGCUGUAAAGGCUGAGCACGGGAGAAACAAAGAAGACCUAGUUUUUUAUUUUUAUUUCAAUAACUGUUUUGGUUUCUAGUUCUUUGUAUAUUUUAAAGCUGCUCAUGAUGCUAUUAUGUCAUGUCAAAUGGAUAAAGAUUUUUGGGGAAAAAUAAAAGAUAUUUAGUCUGUA